AUGGCCGACGAUUCUACCGCAGCAAUAUCAAAAGUGCAGAUGGAUGAUGGAGUGCAGCUGAAUGUCAAGAUACUCGGAGAAGACUCUAUGCAUACAAAGCCACUGCUCAUUGCCCUUCACGGAGCACCGGGGUUAUCUACACUAGCUGAGCCAGUGGAAUCCUUUGGCUUCCUUUCCGAUCGUUUCCGUGUUCUAGUGUACGAUGCUCGAGGCAGCGGAGACUCCGACAGUAUAGGUCCAUUCGAUCCUGAUCGCUGGACCAAAGACAUAGAAAAUCUACGGAUGUGGGCUUCCGCAGACAAAUUUGUUCUCGCGGGAGGCUCAUAUGGAGCGUUCGUUGCUCUUGACUAUGCCGUGAGACAUGGCGAUAGAUUAUGUGGACUGAUUCUGCGAGCCGGGUGGACUGUUGGGAAAGUCGGAUCCAUGACCGCUGUAGCGAAUAUUCUCAAAUCGAAGAGAGUCAAGCCAGACGCAGCACGUCAGGUUCGGCUAUGGUCUGGAACUCUGCAUAGUGACAAGGACUUCGAAGAUGCAAUCAUGGAAAUCCUACCAAUUUAUUCACCCCCGAGAGUUUCGUCCAGUGAUGAUCAAUCUGAGUCAGCCGAUUUCAAGGGAACGCUCAUUUUUCAUUCAAAAAUACAAAAUACUGCUUUUGGAGAGAAUAUGCCUCGCUUUGACGUGCGUAAUCAACUCCAAGAUAUCAAGGCCCCUACUCUGGUUCUGGUAGGGCGCCAUGACUACGCAACGCCAGUAUCAGGUAGCAAGGAGAUAGCCGAUGGUAUUCCUAAUUCGAGAUUGGAGAUUUUUGAGAAUUCAGGACAUAGUCCUUCUUCAGACGUACCCGAGCGGUCCCGAGAGGUCGUCUCAUAUUUUGUGAAGGUUCGAGGAUUGUCCAAGAGAUCCCCUAAGGCUAAUGGGGAUGCAACCUGA